AUGUGUUUUACUCGCAUAUUGAGUAAAGAAAACGGUGGACCGAAUUAUGAUCAUAAUCAUGGUAAAGCAGAACGUAAGGUACUUAGGUUAAGAGGUGGAUGUUGUACCGACUCAGCUGUAUUUGCCGUAUCAUUCUCAUCUCCCAUAUUAUGUCUCUCCAUGUUUAUUAUCAGAGACCAAGAUCGCAAAUAUGGAGAAUACUGUAAGAAGAUUCGAAACAGGGAUGACACCCAAGUCGAUGGGACGGUACAUAAACAUCGGCAUAGGGCAGGAGGUAGGAAUGGAGCUAUCGCGGGGGCAGUAGCUGGAGGAGGAGGAGGUGGUGGGGGAGGGGGAGCAGGGGGCUGUUAA